CGGCCGGCUGUCAUUUAUUUUCUACCGUACGUUCGUUGGGGCGUGUUGUACGUUCAUCAAUUUGCUCUCCACAUUUUUAUCAAGUCAUGCAAGACGGAGGCAUUGUUAGGAAAAGGCUACGCUGUGAGUCUGAGGAUGAAAUCACGGGGAAUUUAGCGAAAAAAGUUAUGGGAGAGAGUUUCAACAAGAUGCCUCUCCAGCUGACUAAGCCCGCUCCUCAGUUCAAGACCACUGCUGUGGUGAACGGCGAGUUCAAGGACAUCGCUCUCUCCGACUACAAGGGCAAAUACGUUGUACUCUUCUUCUACCCCCUUGACUUCACGUUUGUGUGCCCGACCGAGAUCAUCGCGUUCUCGGAGCGCGCGGACGACUUCCGCAAGAUCGGCUGCGAGAUCAUCGGCGCCUCCACCGACUCACACUUCACACAUCUCGCCUGGAUCAACACUCCACGCAAACAGGGUGGUCUGGGCCCGAUGAACAUCCCGCUGCUGAGCGACAAGUCGCACCGCAUCGCGCGCGACUACGGCGUGCUCAACGAGGAGAGCGGCAUCCCCUACCGCGGCCUCUUCAUCAUCGACGACAAGCAGAACCUGCGACAGAUCACCGUCAACGACCUGCCCGUCGGACGAUCUGUUGAGGAGACCCUCCGCCUGGUUCAGGCCUUCCAGUACACAGACAAGUUCGGCGAGGUGUGCCCCGCCAACUGGCAGCCCGGCUCUAAGACCAUCAAGCCCGACACCAAGGCUGCCCAGGAAUACUUCAUCGACGCCAACUAAACGCCCCACACCACAUAUCCUACCCUCCAACUUCACUGCACUCAUCCAAAAGAACAUUCUAGACAUUUUAUACAAAAUACUAGCCUUGUUACAGGUGUAGUGCAGUCAAGUUGAGACGUAAAUUAGUAACUAUACACUAACCACGGAAAUUGCGCUCAUGAACAAUGUUAGUUAAGUUUAUAAUUAAAAAAACAUGGCUGUAAUGAUCAGAAUGAGAACAAUCAUGAGAGCAAUUUUCGCACUUUUUAAACACUGCACGGAAAAUUGGAGUUGAAGGUUGGCGUGUCUGAAUCUCAAGCGAUAGGCAUGCCAAAAUCAUUCUUGCUGUGAAAUGUCCAUUAAAUCAAUCAAGUUGGAUGGCUCAAACAGUUGGUUACUCCGAUUUUCUAUAACAGUUGGACAAUAAUGUAAUGUAGGUGACUAAGGUGCUUAGUACCUCACGCAAUCAGUAUUCAACGGAGAUCCUGUUAUUGUACUCUUCAAUCGAGGCUGUAAUAAAAGCUAUGUGAAAAA